AUGGGAUCGAUUGACGUUCAGAUGUUCUACGGUGAAGAUCCGGAGAUGUGGGUUGAGUGGAUCGACGCAUUCUUCGCAGCUCACAACUUCACUGUUUUUGAAACAAGACAGUUUGCAUAUGGGUUCAUUGAGUAUGAUACUAUGUCAUGGUAUAGAGAUGAGACUUCACGAUAUGGGUUUAGUAGCUGGGAUGAUCUGAAAGUCAGAUUACUCAAUCUGUUUGGUACAUCCGUAAGGCAAGAGAAGGAGCAACUGGGACACCCCAUCUUGAUGGAUAGUCUGAAACAGAUAAGUCACCUUCUGAAUCGUUUUAAACAAAGAUGGAAAAGAAAAGAUGAUGCAAAGAAAUCUCGGUUGGAGAAGACGUUUGAAUCAGAUAAAGCAAAAAAGGUCGAGAGCGAUGAUGGAGGAGAUGAUCUGAUUAUGCGAAGCGCAUGUUUCUGCUUUUCAACAGACAAAGGGUUUAAAUUUGAGCAAACGUCACGGCGAAUUGUAUUAGUUAUGGUGGCGAAGAGCUUCAAGUUAGAUUCACCGAAGUCUGACACGAAUGAAGAGAUGACGACGAUGAGUGAAGAUGAUUGGAGUAAAGUUGAUGCAAGCACUCGUAAUAUUCAAGCUAAAGGGGAGGUUGAAGGAAACCGCUUGAACUCUCCGGAAAUUGCAAAGAAGAAGAAGAAGAAGAAGAAGGAGCAAAGUGAAAAUCCAGAGGCUGAAGAAAAGAACAACAAUGGAAAGGAGAGAAGGAAGAAGAAGAAGCAAAAGGGUAGUAAGAGUGAUGAAGUUGUGACAACCCUUUCACGUACGAGCAUUAAAAAUCAUAAGCUUCCUAGGCAAGUUGAAGUUUUUGUUGCGGAGUCUGAAGAAAGUAAUGAAGAAGAAGGAGAAAAAGUUGAUAUCGUAAGCCGUAAGCGUUUUACAGAGAAAGAAGACGAGUUGAUAAAGAAAACUGUAUUGAAAUACAUUGAUAACCAUGCUUUAGGAGACAAAAGGAUAAACAUGGUUAUGAGCUGCAAAUCACACAAACAAAUCUGUAACAGUUUAAAAGAAAUAACAGCUGCUUUGCCUUGGAGGCCAUAUACUGAGUAUCAAAACAAACACGGCAACGAGUGGAGAAUUUUUGCGGAUGCAAUGGGUAAACACAUGAACCAUGUGAAAGACGCUUGGAUACAAUUGACGUCUAAGAAGAAAGGCUUUUGGACGAUGGAGGAGUACCAAAUCCUAUUUGAUCUUGUUAUAAAAAACCUGAGAAUAAAAUAG